AUGAUUGCGGUUGGUAAUAUCGGUGGUAUAAUAGCCGCUCAAGUGUAUCAACCUAAAGACUAUCCGGACUACCGGGUCGGUCAUAUAAUAACCGCAUCUUGUUUAUCAUUAUCGCUAUUGCUGUCGGUGAUAUUCUAUGUUCUGCUGAAAAGGGAAAAUAGGCUAAAGAUCGAAGAUCCGACAAAGUUUCUGGAAGGAAAGAGUGAUAGAGAGAUUAUGGACAUGGGAGAUCGGAAUCCUACAUUUAUUUACAAAUUUGCACCAUCAUUGGAUCUCGUUUCAACUUCCCUUUCCUCCUUCUCUUCAAUCGCUAGCAGUUCCUUCCAAGAUUCUAGAUCGUCAUCUUUUUCAUCCUCAUAUUCGGAAGAAUUUAAUUCUCCUUUCGUCCCCAACAGUCGUUCAUCCGACACAGAGCCGAAAAGCAAGAGUGGGGAUGUGGCAAACGUGACGACGCGCGUUUACAGCGAUAGAUUUAUUCCGGCUAGAUCCAGUGGGAUGGCAUCUGAAUUCCAAAGACGUCCUUCAAUGACGCCUGAAGAACUAAAUCCGUCAAAACGGAAAAGAGAGGUCCUAGAAAAUGAAAGGAAGAAAAUUGAAGAUCUAAUGACGAUGCCUCGCGAUUCCGAAAGGAUCAUCGACACUGCGCCAUUUCAAAUGCUUGCAUUUUGUCACGAAUUAAAGCUCAAGGCAAAUGCUCUCGUCAUAAGAUACUUAAGCGAUGACUUCUAUUUGAACGUGGUUGACUGGUCUUGUUCCAACAUACUGAGCUUGGGCCUCGAGAAUUGCGUUUAUUUGUGGAACAUGGAGACGUCAAAGAUGACGAAAUUGUGCGAUCUGGGUGGGUUCUACUCGAUAUCAUCCAUCAAGUGGCUUCCUCAGGAAUCUCAACUUGUCGUUAGCACUGCCGAAGGGAAAGUGCAACUUUGGGACGCGCGCAAACUUAUGAAAAUUCGUGAUAUGGGUAGUCAUCAGUCGCGAGUUGGUAGCGCCGAUCGUUGUAUCUUCCACCGAGAUCCAAGGAGCCCUCACGACAUUUUUCGUGUUCUAACGGGACAUAAAUCCGAGAUAUGCGGACUGAAAUGGAAUCACGAGGGAGAUCAGUUGGCAAGUGGAGGCAAUUCCAACGAACUAUUCAUAUGGGAGGGUAAUAGUUGCUACCCAACUCGUAAACUUGAUGGACACAGAGCCGCCGUGCGUGCUCUCUCCUGGAGCCCUCAUGUCCGAAAUCUGUUGGUUAGCGGAGGUGGUCAUCGCGACCGUCAAAUUCGUUUCUGGAAUACUUUAGACGCAAGGUGUUUGACGAGCUAUAACGUUAAAUCUCAGUGGUCACCAAACGCUAACGAAAUUGUUUCCACGCAUGGAUGGUGGAAGAACGACAUAGUUGUCUGGCAGUAUCCGUCAAUGGAGAAGCUUGCCAUUUUGAAGGGGCACACAUUUCGCGUGCUUUAUUUCGCCUUGUCCCCGAAUGGAGAGGAUAUUGUAACCGGUGCUGGCAGCGACGAUAGCACUUUGAGAUUCUGGAAGGUGUUCAACACUCCGGCCAGGAGGAAAAAGGAGGACGCGAAGUCCGCGUUCAAGUUGGAUGGUAUCAUUCGAUAG